CACUGGACGCCGACCUCGACCGUCGCUCGUAUCCUAGCCACCGCUCGGAACCGAGGCGGACGCAUCCCGAUCUUCCCCUGUCCCUAUCCCCCCCCGACCCUCCUCUCCACCUCCCGCGUCGUGACACCAGCUGUCUCCGGCAGUCCCUUGGUCAUGAAAUCGCUCAGGUUGCCGGCUUCCGCCCUCUUCUGCUUCCUUCUACUGAUCAAGGGGUUGGGAGCAGCGCCCCCGGGGCGUCCUGAGGCGCAGCCACCUCCUCUCAGCUCUGAGCAUAAAGAGCAGGUAGCUAAGGACGCAGUGCCCGGGCCGAAGGAUGGUAGCGCCCCAGAGGUCCGAGCCGCUCGAAAUUCAGAGCCGCAGGAGGAGGGAGAGCUUUUCCAGGGUGUGGAUCCCCGGGCGCUGGCCGCGGUGCUGCUGCAGGCACUCGACCGCCCGGCCUCACCCCCGGCGCCGGGCAGCUCCCAGCAGGGGCCAGCGGAAGAAGCAGCAGAAGCUCUGCUGACCGAGACCGUGCGCAGCCAGACCCACAGCCUCCCGGCGCCAGAGACCCAAGCGCCCGCGGGCCCGCCUCGCCCUCAGACUCAGGAGAAUGGUCCUGAGGAGGGCGACCCUUCUGAGGAGCUCGAGGCGCUAGCCUCUCUGCUCCAGGAACUGCGUGAUUUCAGUCCGAGCAGCGCCAAGCGCCAGCAAGAGACGGCGGCAGCAGAGACGGAAACUCGCACGCACACGCUGACCCGAGUCAAUCUGGAGAGCCCCGGACCAGAGCGCGUGUGGCGCGCUUCCUGGGGAGAGUUCCAGGCGCGCGUCCCGGAGCGCGCGCCCCUGCCGCCCCCAGCUUCCACGCAAUUCCAGGCGCGAAUGCCCGAGAGCGGGCCCCUUCCCGAAGCCCACCAGUUCGGGGAAGGAGUGUCGUCCCCCAAAACACACCUAGGCGAGGCAUUGGCACCCCUGUCCAAGGCGUACCAAGGCCUGGGCGCCCCCUUCCCCAAGGCGCGCCGGCCGGAGAGCUCACUCCUGGGCGGCUCCGAGGCGGGGGAGCGCCUUCUACAGCAAGGGCUGGCGCAGGUAGAGGCCGGGCGGCGGCAGGCUGAGGCCACACGGCAGGCCGCGGCCCAGGAAGAACGGCUGGCCGACCUCGCCUCCGACCUGCUGCUCCAGUAUUUGCUGCAGGGCGGGGCCCGGCAGCGCGGCCUAGGGGGUCGGGGGCUGCAGCAGGAGGAGGAGCGAGAAAGCGAGAGGGAGGAGGAGGAGGCGGAGCAGGAGAGACGCGGCGGGGAGGAGAGGGUGGGGGAAGAGGAUGAGGAGGCGGCGGAGGCGGAGGCAGAGGCGGAGGAGGCGGAGAGGGCGCGGCAGAACGCGCUACUGUUCGCAGAGGAGGAGGACGGGGAAGCCGGAGCCGAGGACAAGCGCUCCCAGGAGGAGACACCCGGCCACCGACGGAAGGAGGCCGAGGGGGCAGAGGAGGGCGGGGAGGAGGAGGACGACGACGAAGAGAUGGACCCGCAGACGAUCGAUAGCCUCAUUGAGCUGUCCACCAAACUCCACCUGCCAGCGGACGACGUGGUCAGCAUCAUCGAGGAGGUGGAGGAGAAGCGGAAGCGGAAGAAGAACGCCCCUCCUGAGCCCGUGCCACCCCCCCGGGUAGCCCCCAUCCCUACCCACGUCCGCUCCCCGCAGCCCCCGCCCCCCGCCCCCGCCCCCGCUCGAGACGAGCUGCCCGACUGGAACGAGGUGCUCCCGCCCUGGGAUCGCGAGGAGGACGAGGGGUUUCCCCCGGGGCCCUACCACCCUUUUCCCAAUUACAUCCGGCCGCGGACACUGCAGCCGCCCGCUGCCUCGCGCCGCCGGCACUACCACCACGCCCUGCCGCCUUUGCACCACUAUCCCGGGCGGGAGGCCCAGGCGCGGCGCGCGCAGGAGGAGGCGGAGGCCGAGGAACGCCGGCUGCAGGAGCAGGAAGAGCUGGAGAAUUACAUAGAGCACGUGCUGCUCCGGCGCCCGUGACCGACCCCGGCCCCGCCCCCGCGCGCCGCCGCCGCCGCUGCGCGCGCGCCGCCACCCCCCUCCGUGUCGUUCCUCGCCCCUCUCGGUGUUUGCAUGCGCCCCGGCCCCGCCCUCGGCCGCCACCGGGCCCCGCCCCCGCCCCCUCCGCCCGCGGGCCGCCCCGCCCCCGGGCCGUGCCGGGACCUCUCAGACGUCUACCCGGUUGGAAGCCCGAACUCCCCAAACUCACUCACGGGUGUCCCGGGGCCAGCCCAGGCGGGCAGGUGGUCUGUGCGAGUUCCCUCCCCCAACGGGGCCCUGUCCCCCUAGUCCCUCUUGGGACGUCCCUGUCCGAAACUGGAAAAAGCAGUUCCACUUAAUUGUGUGAAGAAGUGUGUCCGUCUCCGGCCCUUUGGGCCUCCAGGAACCUCUCCACCGCCUCCCGAUGG